AUGGCUCGAUCUAGUUUUAUUGUCAGUCUCACAUCAGGUUUCACUACAAGUUUCUUCCGCGAUGAUGAGGAGGAGGGGCAGUACCAAGUGAUGAAGAGGUCAAAACUUGGUGUACUUCUUACAAAUAUUCCAUUGUGGAAUAAGAUGUUCUUGAUUUCAUGUGUCAUUGCAAUCUCAUUAGAUCCUUUGUUCUUUUACAUUCCAAUCAUUGACGAGGAUAACAAGUGCCUUGGAAAGGACAAAAACUUGAGGAUUGCAGCUCUUCUUUCGCGAUCGCUCACGGAUAUCAUUUUCCUCCUACAUUUUGUCUAUGAAGUUUAUGAAGCUAUUAAAACCAGAAACAGUACAUUUACUGUGGUACGAAGAACAACAUGGCAUUCAAAAUCGAAAAUACAAAAGCUAAUUGAAUUUGCUAAGGGAAUACCUCAGAAAAUGUCGUGGUUAUCUCUCUCCAUCGUAAUUGACUUUUUGGCUCUUCUUCCAAUCCCUCAACUGCUAAUAUUAGUUGUUUUUUACAAAAUGGGAGGCUCUGGAUAUUUGGAACAUAGGAAGGUUUUGAAUCUCUUCCUUCUCGGUCAAUAUUUACCAAGAAUUUAUCGAAUUCAUCUAUGGUGUAAGGAACUUACAAGGACUACUACUAGAAUAUGGACUACUACUAGAAUAUGGGCUAAAGGUUUACUCAACUUGCUUCUCUACAUUCUUGCCAGUCACGUACUCGGAGCGUUUUGGUAUUUUUUUUCUAUUCAACGAGAGACAUCAUGUUGGCGUCAAGCCUGUGUAAAUUAUAGUGCAAAUCCGAAGGAAUGUAUGAGUGCCUUCUAUUGCGAUGGUCGGAAUACAUCUUCAACAACUAUCACAUUUUUGAAUGAGCGUUGCCCAUUAAAUACUCCAGACGGUACUGAAGCACCCUUUGAUUUUGGAAUAUUUCUUGAUUCCCUUAAGAAUCAUAACUCGGAGCAUAUACAUUUUGCUAGGAAGUUAUUUUACUCUUUUUGGUGGGGCUUGCGGAAUCUAAGUAACUUUGGCACGAAUCUCACAACAAGUACAUAUAUGUGGGAAAACUUGUUUGCGAUUCUUAUUUCUAUCAUUGGUUUGGUACUGUUUCUAUAUCUCAUUGGAAAUGUGGAGGCAUCUAUGAGAUUGGAAGCUAAAAAAUCAGAAGAUAAAACUCAGAAGAUUAGAAUGAAAGAGCUAGAUGUACGAAGCUGGAUAUCCAGAAAUGAAUUACCUGAUAAUUUGAAGAAAGAAAUCAUGAAUAUCAUAAAGCUAAAGUUAGAUGAAAACAAGGACGCCGAUUUGGUGAAUCUAUUCUCUAUUCUUCCUUGGCAUACCAGAAAAUAUCUAAAGCGUUGUCUCUGCAUGAAAACACUAAAAACAGUACCAAUGCUUAAGAACUUGGAUGAAAAAGUGUUGAUAAUGAUGUGUGACUAUCUGAAGCCAGUGGUGUACAACGAGAAUAGCUUCGUUUUUCGAAUGGGAGACCCGCUUGAUUGCAUGCUCUUCAUUGUGGAAGGGACCAUGUGGACCUACUACUCGCCUAGUACUAGCGAUACCGAUACUACGAGUGAAGCUGCUGCUACUUCACCAUCAUCAAUAUUAAUGACCACCAAGGCCCUUAGGAAGGGUGAGUUUUACGGGGAAGAGCUUCUCAAAUGGGCAUCACCCACUUUCACCACACUUCCAAUCUCCACCCGGCAUGUCAGAAGUCAGAGAAAAGUGGAAGCAUUUGCUCUUAUGGCCGAUGACUUGGCAACUAUAGUGUCCAAAUGCCAACUGCAGUGGGACUUAAACAAUUGUGACAAUCCUCAAGAGAUGAAGAUGAUGGCAAUUUCUUCCAUAACAAAAGCAAUCCGUCGUUUCCGCACUAGUAGGCACCGUUCAACGACGGAAAGAUUGUUAGAGGAAGUAAUCGGGGAAAAGGUCGGAUAA